AUGUGGCAUCAGACAAUGAUGGCUUGCCUUCUUGUCCGAAGCUUGCAGAACUUUAGCCCCUGCCUUCAGUCCCUUAAUUUUUCUCUUUCCUUUCUCCCGUCUUUCCAAACCAGGAUGGAGAAAGUAGCAUUGAGAAGCUCAAGCACUCGAGCUAAAAUCAUUGGCACCAUAGCAUCAAUGUCUGGUGUAUCAGUAGUUGUUCUCUACGAGGGCCCCGAAGUUCUUUCUUCUUCACGUUGGUCAUCAUCAUCUGUAUUGCUUCAACAGCCUCUCGGAUCAUCCCAAUCAAAGUGGGUGUUUGGUGGGCUCUUACUAGCCGAGUCAUAUCUUUUAUCUUCAUUCUGGUAUGUCAUUCAGUCCCAAAUUAUGAAGAUAUACCCAGAAGAGAUGAUUGUGACUUUCAUCUACAACUUGUCUCUGACCAUUUUAUCUGUGCCAGUAUGCUUUCUAGCAGAAUCAAAUAUGAGUUCCUGGAGACCAACACCUAGUAUAGUAGCUGCUUCUAUCCUAUACUCGGGUCUUUUUGCAUUAAACUUCAGCUGUGGUGUACACUCAUGGGGUGUACGCUUGAAGGGGCCUGUGUAUGUUGCAAUAUUCAAGCCAUUGUCAAUUGUCAUUGCAGCCAUUAUGAGUGCCUUUUUCCUUGGUGAUGCAUUGUAUCUUGGAAGUGUCAUUGGAGCAUUGAUCUUAUCAGCUGGGCUCUAUGCUGUACUAUGGGGAAAAGCACAAGAGGAAGAAAUGACUCACUAUGACUCUGGGUCAAGAAGCUUUGGACCCUUGUCAAGUUGUAAGGUCCCUUUGUUGCAAAGCCACAACGAUGAAGAAAUGUAGCUUAUUGGCUCAAUGCUUCUUCCCUCAUCAUUGGAAUGCUAUCCCUGCAGAAGAAUGGGAAUCAAAAGGUUUAAUAAGUUUCUUAGAUCAGAGUUGAGAUUAAUUUAGCUUGUUUCUUUUGGUUGAACCAUUUCAGUUCAUGGAUUGACAAGCACAGCUUGGGGCAAUAGCCUCUUCUGGUUAAUGAAUCAGUUGCACCUGCUAAGGAGAGAGGAAGGGCCCUCCAACAAGGAAGGAUUUGUCUUCUUGAAUACAUGAAACAAGUUAGUUGAGAAUUCUUAUGUUUUAAAAUAUGUGUCUCUUUUUGGAUUAAUUUUUGGACAAAAGCAUCACGUGGUGUUGAAACAUAAACAAA